AUGAAUAACAACCAGUUCCACGAGCUAUUCGGGUCGCAAUGGCCGCCCGAUCAGCAUGGUGGCCACUCGUCGGCUUCGACAAUGUUGCACCAGCAGUCCCAGCUUCCUCAAGGAGUGCAACUGAAACGGGAGCCGCACACUGACGUCCAGGUGAUGCAUAACCAGAUGGGGAUGGACAUCACAUCUGGAUCAGUUGCGGAUAGCACCUCUCCCCCACCAGGCAACAGCGACGGAAUGUUUGGAUCCUCCAUAUCUGGCAUGUUUAUGGACAAGAAGGCCGCUAACUCUAUUAGAGCUCAAAUUGAGAUCAUACCAUGCAAGGUGUGCGGAGACAAGUCGUCGGGUGUCCACUAUGGCGUGAUCACCUGCGAGGGAUGCAAGGGGUUCUUCAGAAGAUCUCAGAGUACAGUGGUGAACUAUCAGUGCCCGCGCAACAAGGCAUGCGUGGUCGACCGCGUCAACCGCAACCGCUGCCAGUACUGCCGGCUGCAGAAGUGCCUCAAACUUGGUAUGAGCCGCGAUGCCGUGAAAUUUGGCCGUAUGUCAAAGAAGCAACGUGAGAAAGUAGAGGACGAGGUUCGAUUCCACCGCGCGCAAAUGCGCGCUCAAACGGAUGCAGCACCGGACUCAGUAUAUGAUGCCCAGCAGCAAACUCCGAGUUCCAGCGAUCAAUUCCAUGGUCAUUACAAUGGUUACCCGGGCUACAGCUCGCCGCUGUCAUCUUACGGCUAUAGCAACACGGGGCCGGCCCUCACGUCCAACAUGAGCGGCAUUCAGCCCCAGCCGCAGCAGCAGCAGCCGUACGACGUGUCCGCUGACUACGUGGACUCCACUACUGCUUACGAGCCCAAGCAAACCAGCGGCUUUUUGGACACAGACUUUAUUGGACAUGACGAACAACAAAAAAGUUCAACCAUCGUCCGACCAACCGGUUCAACAUCCACCACAACCGCGACCACCUCAACGACGUCCAUGCGGCAGACGUCGAUAAACGAUAUCACGCGAACUCGAAUACAGCAAGAUUUCGAGCGUUACGACCAAGAUAGGAUCCAAUCGCCCGCAUCCAUAUCAUCCGGGGUCAUUAACAUAAAGCAGGAAAUAAAGCCAGAGACAUCCAUGGGCGUUGAUAACCUGGUUGCCAGCUAUGUUGACUCUACGACUUUCCUGCAUAGUCCUUCAAAUAUACAACAUAGUCCAAUGGACAUACAGAACACAGUUUUAGUUAGCGGCCAGAGUUCAGUGUCACUGACGAGCGAGGAGCUUAGCCCAGAUGAUCUGACAUCAAGUAGUGGGCACGGAAGGUUAAUGGAUCCUUUAAAUAUGAAUAAUAUGUCCGGAAUGGGAAUGGUCAAUCCGAAUGCAGUUACAAAUCGGAGACAUCCGGGGUCCAGUCAGAGCGGUUCGAGUGGAGACGAUUUGCCUUCUGAAGGCGAUAUAAGCAAGGUGCUGGUAAAGAGCUUGGCCGAGGCACACGCAAACACAAAUCCCAAGUUGGAGUACAUACAUGAAAUGUUUCGGAAACCACCAGACGUAUCCAAGCUGUUAUUCUACAAUUCGAUGACAUACGAGGAGAUGUGGCUUGACUGCGCCGACAAACUUACCGGAAUGAUACAGAAUAUCAUCGAGUUCGCUAAACUCAUUCCUGGUUUCAUGAAGCUCACGCAGGACGAUCAGAUACUGCUGCUCAAGUCGGGUUCGUUCGAAUUAGCAAUAGUGCGUCUGUCGCGGCUGAUCGACGUUAACCGUGAGCAAGUGUUGUACGGCGACGUUGUGUUGCCGAUACGAGAGUGCGUGCACGCUCGUGAUCCUCGGGAUAUGGCUCUAGUUGUGGGUAUUUUUGACGCGGCGAAGACCAUCGCUCGACUCAAGUUGACUGAGACUGAACUGGCUCUGUACCAGAGCCUUGUGCUACUGUGGCCAGAACGACAUGGCGUGCGUGGUAAUCCGGAGAUCCAGUGCUUGUUCAACAUGUCGAUGGCGGCGAUGCGACACGAGAUAGAAACAAACCAUGCGCCUCUCAAGGGUGAUGUUACUGUGUUAGACACGCUGCUCACUAAGAUACCCACCUUCAGAGAACUUUCGCUAAUGCAUUUGGAGGCGCUAUGCCGUUUCAAAGCGGCCCACCCGCACCACGUGUUCCCGGCGCUCUAUAAGGAACUCUUCUCUUUAGACAGCGUCCUGGACUAUACACACGGUUAG